AUGGAGAUGAAAAUGCUGGUUUCUGCGGUGGAAUGGGUAUACACCCACUUGAGGUUAUCGGACGUGGCUUUAGCCCUAGUAGGGCUUUUUCUUCUUAGUUACUUGCGUGAAAAGUUAGUGAGCAAAGGUGGGCCAGUGAUGUGGCCAGUGUUGGGAAUCAUACCGCCGUUAGCCCUAAACAAACACGAUCUGUUUGGUUGGUGCACCAGAGGCGUAGUCAGAGUUGGUGGGACGUUUCAUUACAGAGGAAUUUGGUUCGGUGGGUCUUACGGAAUCAUGACCGCGAAUCCUGCAAACAUCGAGCAGAUUCUCAAAACCAAUUUCAAGAACUAUCCAAAAGGUGCGUUUUAUAGAGAGAGGUUUCGUGAGCUUCUUGAAGACGGGAUCUUUAAUGCUGAUGGUGAGCUUUGGAUGGAAGAGAGACGUGUGGCUAAAACCGAGAUGCACUCUUCUCGUUUCUUGGAGCACACGUUUACUACCAUGAGAGAUCUGGUGGACCAGAAGCUCGUGCCGCUGAUGGAGAAGUUGUCUACUUCUAAGAGAGUCUUUGAUCUACAAGAUAGAUCGAUUUACCGGAGAUUCCUUUCGCUAAGGCUUUUGAGGAAGCCACGGAGUAUACACUUGCAAGGUUUCUGA